UGCAGUAGAAUUAACAAUCGUGCACGGCAGAGUCGAACUAUAAUAUCAAAGAGAAAGUGUCACAUCGACAAGAUGUUAUGGUUUGCGAAGUGAAAUAUAAAAUACUAAAAGAUUAACGAAAUGCAUAUUAAAUUGUUAAUGUUGUGCCCUUUGGCCUUUGUUCUCGUUUUCAUAUCGACGUGUGUUGAAGGUCUUCAGAGAUGUUUCGUAUGUAGAUCAAGAGGAGAGUUAGGUAGUUGCAAAGAUCCCUUUGUUUACAAUGUAACUCUGGCUGAACCAAAAAGUAAAAUCGGAAUUGAUACUAUCCCUUGUGCAUCGGGAUGGUGUGGAAAAAUUGUAGAAUCGGAAAAUGCGUUAAAAGAAGAGUACGGUGUAGCAACACAAAGAGUAUGUUUACAAAGAGGACCUUCUGAUAGUGAGGAUAGAUGUGCGCAAACCAAAUGGAAUCACAAGAAAGUCUUAAUGUGUUUUUGCAAAGGGGAUCUGUGCAAUUCUUCAGUAAUAUUCUCCUGUAACUAUAUAUUAAUAUUAUUAAAUAUACUUGUUAGUUUUAGACUGAUAAUUACAAGUUAAAAAGACAUUAUGUAGUAUAUUUGUACAUUUUUUAAUAAAACGAUACUUAAAAUUGUA